GAUAACCUCUUAAAAAUGUAACUUGAUAACCUCUUUAUCGAUAACAUAUCGCACACAUAUUGUUUUGUUUGUAUCGAUUAUACCGCGUUUUUUCUUCACGUGGUAAUUGCAGAAGGCGAAAACAUUUAUAAUGUUAGUUCAGUUUUGGUAGUGUUAGAAUAGACCACGACCAUCGAUGAUAUUUUAAGAAAAAUGAUUUUUUGGAAGAUGAUAUUUCUCUUUUACCUAAUACAGCAGUCUAUGUGCCAAAAAGAUAAUCAUUUCACAGUUGGAAGGAGUACUAUUGUGCAUCUUUUUGAAUGGAAAUGGAAAGAUAUAGCGGAGGAGUGUGAAAACUUUCUAGGACCCAAAGGGUUUGCAGGAGUGCAGAUUUCUCCUCCAACGGAAAACCAGAUUAUACGGACACCCAGAGUCAAUAGACCAUGGUGGGAACGAUAUCAGCCCGUCAGUUACCAAUUCAUAUCUCGUUCUGGAACUGAAGUAGAACUUGCUGAUAUGAUACAGCGUUGUAACAAUGUAGGAGUUAGAGUCUAUGUUGAUGUUUUAAUGAAUGGUAUGGCUCAAAAGUCUGGAAAAGGAGUAGGAGGCAAUUCUGCUUAUCCCGGUAUCAUGUUCUAUCCUGCUGUAACUUAUAUUAGUGAUGAGUUUAACAAACCUUGUACAGUUAAUAAUUAUAAUGAUGCAUAUAAUGUUAGAAACUGUCAGUUGGUUGGUUUACCAGAUCUAAAUCAGAAUCUUUAUAGCGUCCGAAAAAAACUUCUGCAGUAUUUAGACAGGCUAUUGGAAUUAGGCAUAGCAGGAAUAAGAGUGGAUGCAGCAAAACACAUGUGGCCUUCAGAUCUUAAAUAUAUCUACGAUAACGUCAAAAAUUUAAGUACUCAACACGGAUUUGCCGAAGGAACAAGACCAUAUAUUUAUCAAGAAGUUCCUGAUUUGGGAGGAGAAGCUAUUUCUAAAUUCGAGUACACAGAUAUGGGAGAUGUGCUAGAAUUCAACUUUGGAGUUCAGCUAGGAAAUAUUAUCCAAGGACACCAACCACUUUACAUUCUCAAAGAUUGGGGGUCGCCAUCUUGGUACUUAGUAAAACCGCAGGAUGGUGUUGUUUUCAUAGACAAUCAUGAUAACCAGAGGUUAGAAGAUACUAGAAUUCUUUCUUUUAAGAAACCCAAAUUGUAUAGAGCUGCAAAUUCUUUUAUGUUGGCACAUCCGUUUUUCACCCCUAGACUGAUGUCUAGCUUUUUAUUUGAAAAUCAUGAUCAAGGGCCGCCUACGGAUGAAAAUGAUGACAUUGCUUCACCAGGAUUCAAUCCAGAUGGAUCAUGCACCAAUGGAUGGGUCUGUGAACACAGGUGGCAUCAGAUUUACAAUAUGGUCAGGUUCAGAAAUGUGUGCUUGGGUACAAGGAUUACUAAUUGGUGGGACAAUGGAGAGAACCAGAUAGCUUUUGGACGAGAGAAUAAAGGUUUCAUAGCAAUGACUACAGAAGGGGAUAUUAACGAACUCCUACAAACUUCUUUACUACCUGGUACAUACUGUGAUAUAAUUUCUGGAGAUCUAGUUGAUGGUGAAUGCACAGGAAAGGUAGUUGUUGUGGACGAAGAAGGUAAAGCUGACAUUUAUUUGGAUGCAGAUGGAGAAGACUACAUGUUGGCCAUACAUGUUGGUGUAAUGACAGAGGGAACCCAUGAGGGUGUCGUAAGUGAUGAAACACCAAUAACAAGUGACUUAAGGUUAGGGACCAAACCAUACCGUAGACUCCCGAAGGAGGCCACCAACAAUAAUGAGCCGAAAACGGCAGAAACAGAUGAAACAGAGGAAAAAGAAGAAGAAUUUGUGCCGCAGAUCCGAUGGCCGGAUACGAUAGUGCAACUUUACUUACAUUUAGGAUGUUUAUAUGGACUGUAUUUGUGUAUAGUGUCAGCUAAAUUUUAUACAACAUUAUUCGCACUCUUAACCGUGUACACCUCAGGUUUUGGCAUCACCGCUGGGGCCCACAGAUUAUGGUCGCAUAGAUCGUACAAAGCCAAAUGGCCGCUUAGAUUACUUUUAGUUUUAUUAUUUACUAUUACAGGCCAGAGGCACGUAUACGCCUGGGCAUUAGAUCAUAGGGUCCAUCAUAAGUACAGCGAGACCGAUGCAGAUCCCCAUAACGCCAAAAAAGGUUUCUUUUUCGCGCAUGUGGGCUGGUUGGUAGUAACGCCGCAUCCUAAGGUUGUGGAGAAGAGAAAUGCGGUAGAUAUGAGUGAUUUAGAAACAGAUGCCAUCGUAAUGUGGCAAAAAAAAUACUAUCCACCGUUGUUCUUAUUAUUCAAUAUUAUAUUACCAGUGAGCAUUCCUAUAUAUUUUUGGAACGAAACCAUUUGGAACUCAUUUUGGAUAAACUUUAAUACUAGAUUUACGUUGACAUUAAACAUUGCCUUCUUCGUGAAUAGUGCUGCGCAUAUGUGGGGCCAGAAACCAUAUGAUAAGUAUAUUAGUUCCGUAGAAAACCUAGCAGUGUCCUUAGCGGCCUUAGGCGAGGGAUGGCACAAUUACCACCACGUGUUUCCAUGGGACUACAAGACCGGUGAGCUGGGCAACUUGUACAACCCAUCAACAAACUUCAUCAACUUCUUCGCUCGACUGGGCUGGGCGUACGAUCUAAAAAGCGUCUCCAAAGACAUGAUCUUGAGAAGAGCCCAGAAAACAGGCGACGGAACUCAUCCCGAGGUAUGGGGCUACGGCGACGAAGACAUAGACAAAGCCGAUAUGGACGAGUUGAUACACAUGGCGGAGGAGAAUAAGUUUUUUAAGAGAGAAGAGUAAAUAAUUUUAUGUAUGAGAGAAACUACGACUCCGUAUAGUUUUAUAUCGACAACUAUCGCUCGAAAUAUUAACGUUAAACCGUAUAAUUAAGAUUACAAUUUCAAAAAUUUCACAUUUUGUUGCAUACAUUACAUUUUUGGUAAAUAACAACUUCGUAUAAAUGUAUUUCAUAUACAUAGUGAAUUUUUUGUUCCUCUUCCUAACUUUGCUCACAUAAAUUAAGUUAGAUUCCUUAGCACAUUUCUUGAAACAUGAUAUUUCGGUCCCAUGCCAUCUCUUGACGCGACAGUUCGUAACCCCACAAACGGUAACGGACAAUCGUAACGCCGUCAAUUCGUAACGAUGACACUACGUAACAUUGACCGUUCGUAACCAUAACUAUUCGUAACGGUGUAAUUCGUAACACCAACAUUUACGUUUUUCAGUACAUUUAGCAUUACUGAUUGUAUACAGGGUGGGGCAUUAGUGUGACAAAGUCCAAUUACUCGUUUGUUGUAAGAGAUACGAAAAAAAGUUAUUUAGGUAAAAGUUGGGGCACACAUAGUGUCAUAUUUUAAAAAUAUUUUCAAAUAUACAGGGGCGUCCGUAUUGACAGGUUGACACCAAUUUAUGUUUUUUUAAAUGGAAUACCCUGUAUAUUUUUACAUUUUUGGAUUCUCCUCGAUGUUUCCUUUCUUAAAAUAUAUGGUUUUGUAAUAUUAUACGAGGUAGUUUAAAAGUUAAUUACGUUUUUUUGUUAAUUUCGUAGCAAAAUCUACACCCUGUAGUGAUUUGACAUCAAAUUUUCUAUUUGCAUUUAAACGAUUUUUAGUAUUGGGACCGUGCAAGUUCGGCAAAGCGACCUCUAUUUCUACGCUCUGUACUUUUAUUCGCACUUUUAAUUAUAUUGGCCAAUUAUAUUAGUCCUGGUUGCUGGAUAAUUGUCAAGGCCAUAGUCCAAAAAAAUAAUAAGAAGAAAAAAUAAGAUGCAGGUUAUGUUAUGCAAACGUAAACAAUUGUAUGUAGUAAAUAAAAUUAGUUAUUAAAAUGCAGUACUGCAAGCAAAAUACAAUUAAUUAAAUUUACCUUUAUAUAAUAAUUGCAUAUCAUAUCAAUAUUGUGGAGUAAUAUAUAAUUUUUCUGCUUCAAUGACAGAAGGUAUGAAAUAUACGUCAAUUUGACAAUUUCAAUUGACAAUAUGAAUUAUUUAAGAUAGUUGUAAUAUUUCUCCGCGACUCGCGCACGGUCGUUUCUCGUUUCCCUUCCAAGUACUUGCACACCGCGAAUAACUACUGUUAAUCAUUAAUAGUAUAUCGAAAUGUUUAAUUUUAUUAUACAGGGUGGGUCGAAACUCGGAAUGAGUAUUUUCUGAGUUUUCUUAAAUGGAACACCCUGUAUUUUAGUAUUGUAAUAAAAUUAUAUUUUAUGGUACUUUUUUAUUUCUUAAGCAUUCCCUAUACCUAAGUGCUUUAAUUUGUAAGUUAUUCGUCAUUCUUUAAGCAAACAUUAAUUGCAACAAAAAUUACGUAAAAUUUCAUUAGGUAGCCGUGAAAAUAUCCAAUCAAAAGUAAUUUUUCGAAAAAAAAAAUACAUAAUGAUCUAGCCUGAUCCUUAAUUUAUUAGUAUUGGAUGAGAUAUCCAAAUACAUUCGUAGUUAAGGUUGUUGGUGCUUAAAAUAUGAAUCAAACAUACAAAAUUCUGCCUAGUUGGCUAUGACACAAAAUUUGCUUAAACAUUUGACAUUACACUAUUUAUAUAGUUCCAGUUGAUUUGAUACCAUUACUAAUAUUAAUUUUUCUAAUGAGGAACGGAUUAAAAUGGCUUUGUGCUCGGAGAGUAUAACAAAAAUGAGCUACUUGCAAUAAAAAUGUAUCAUCAGCAAUUACCUGAUAGACGACAAGCAAAAAGAGAAACUUUUGAAAGGAUACUAAAACGGUUUCAACAGACAAGAUACUUAGAUUGUAAGAACGAUUUUACUAAUAUGCAGAUCCUCAUAGUGACACUAAGGAUUACAUUUAAUUGCUGUUUUCUUCACUUACAAUAGUUUUUAUUCGAGCAGAUUUAUCAUAAUCGAAGUGAUCAGUCCGUUGAAACCGUUCUAGUAUAUUUUUAAUCGUUUCUCUUCUUAGUUGUCUACUAUCAGGGAAUUUCUGAUGAAAAAUUCUUAUUGCUAGUAGCACAUUUUUGUUAUAUUCCACUAGCACCAAAAUCUUAUUAAUCAGUUUCUCAUAAGAAAAAUACAUAUUAGUAAUGGUAACGAAGCAACUGGAUCUAUAAAAAUAGUAUAAUAUCAAAUUUUUAAGGAAAUUUAGUGUCAUAGCCGACUAGGUAGAAUAUUGUAUGUUUUUAUUAAUAUUUUGCGCACCAACAACCUUAACUACGAAUUUAUUUGGAUAUUUCAUCCAAUAGUAAUAAAUUAAGGAUCAGACUAGAUUAUGAUGUAUUUUCUUUUCCAAAAAUUAUUUUUGAUUAAAUAUUUUCACAGCCACCUAAUAAAAUUUCACGUAAUUUUUCUUACAAUUAAUGUUUGGCUUAAAGAAUCACGAAUAACUUACAAAUUAAAGCACUUAGGUAUAGGGAAUGUUUAAGAAAUAAAAAAGUACCAUAAAAUAUAAUUUCCUUAAAAUACUUAAAUACAGGGUGUUCCAUUUAAGAAAAGUCAGAAAAUACUCAUUCCGAGUUUCGACCCACCCUGUAUACUAAAAUUAAACAUUUCGCUAUACUGUUAAUGUUUAACAAUAGCAGACUAUAUUAAAAAUCGUUUGAACAUAAAAUAAAAAUUUGAUGUCAAAUCACUAAAAUUCUACAGAGUGUAGAUUUUGCUACGAAAUUAAAAAAAAAAACGUAAUUAUCUUUUAAACUACCUCGUAUAAUAUUACAAAACCAUAUAUUUUAAGAAAGGAAACAUCGAGGAGAAUCCAAAAAUGUAAAAAAAUACAGGAUGUUCCUUUAAAAAAAAAACAAAAGUUUGUGUCACCCUGUCAAUACGGACGACCCUGUAUAUUUGAAAAUAUUUUUAAAUUAUGGUACUAUGUGUGCCCCAACUUUUACCUAAAUAACUUUUUUUCGUAUCUCUUACGAGAAACGAGUAAUUGGACUUUGUCACACUAAUGCCCCACCCUGUAUAUUGUGGGUAAAGUACGAAGUGGCAAAUGUAAAGCUGCUGGAAAUAUUUGUAACUCCAAAUGCCAGAGCAGCUUGUCUGGUUUUAACAAAUAGAUUAUAAUUUUUAUUUCUGCAAUAUUUAUAGUUUUAUUUUCCUUAAUUUUCCUACAGAUUAAGACUUAAUUAAAUUUUUGGAUAGACAUCGUAGUUACGAACUGUCGAUGUUACGAAGUUACGCCGUUACGAAUUGACGGCGUUACGAAUUGACGGCGUUACGGAUUGUCCGUUACUAUUUGUGGGGUUACGAACUGUCACGUUACUAGAUGUCUUGUCACGAACAUUUCUCAUAAUAUUUCAAGGAUGCUAACCUUUUCAUGUGAAUUUUUAGGUUCAACUGAUUUUCUGGUUCAAAGUCUGAAUAUUUUUGUAGUUUUACAUCGAUUUUUCAAGUUACCACAUUAUUUAAUUAUUGCUUAUUCUGUUUCUCUUAGAAUGGAAUAUUUUGAGAAUAUUUUUGGUUUAUCUGCGUUAUACCAAUCAUAACUUUAAUUUUUCUUCAAUAUUUAUGGCCUCCUUGUACAUUUUUAUUUUAAAUCAUACACAACGUUGUUAAGAUACCUAUAGUAAUAGUCCUGUCGCCAGGGGGGGUACAACGGCCUUCUUAAUUCAGAUGGACUUACCCAAGUUUUUUUUAUAUAUUUUGACCCGUAGAAUACGAAUUUUUUGGGUAACAGUUGAUCCGGAUGUCGAUAAGAUUGUUAUAGACAAAGAACUUGAGGAAUUACAUAACAGCGAUUUCUCGCAAAACAAAACAUCUUUUUGUAUUUUUUGGGUCAUUUUAAGCAAAAAAUAUUCCUACAAGUUUUUUCGUAGAAUGCAUAGUUUUCGAGAUAACCGCGGUUGAACUUUCAAAAAAUCGAAAAAUUGCAAUUUUUGAACCCGAAUAACUUUUGAUUAAAAAAUAAAGUAGCAAUUCUGCUUACCGCAUUUGAAAGUUUAAGUCAAAUUAUAUCGGUUUUGAUUAUUUUCAUUGCUAAAAAUUAAUUUUUUUAUUGUUAAACUAAUCUAUAAACACAGUGUUUCCCGUGCCUAAUACAUGCGUUUUAACGCAUGCUACGUAGAAAUUGCCUCGCUUGCACUCGUAGCUACUCUACCUACUCGUUCGAUUUUAAAUGAGAAAUCAUUGAAAACAUCACUCACAUACUAGGUGUUUGUAGCUUUGUUUAACAAUAAAAUAAUAAAUUUCUAGCAAUGAAAAUAAUCAGAACCGAUAUAAUUUGACUUAAACUUUCAAAUGCGGUAAGCAGAAUUGCUACUUUAUUUUUUAAUCAAAAGUUAUUCGGGUUCAAAAAUUACAAUUUUUCGAUUUUUUGAAAGUUCAACCCCGGUUAUCUCGAAAACUAUGCAUUCUACGAAAAAACUUGUAGGAAUAUUUUUUGCUUAAAAUGACCCAAAAAAUACAAAAAGAUGUUUUGUUUUGCGAGAAAUCGCUGUUAUGUAAUUCCUCAAGUUCUUUGUCUAUAACAAUCUUAUCGACAUCCGGAUCAACUGUUACCCAAAAAAUUCGUAUUCUGCGGGUCAAAAUAUAUAAAAAAAACUUGGGUAAGUCCAUCUGAAUUAAGGAGGCCGUUGUACCCCCCCUGGCGACAGGACUAUAACAACUAAAGUGACCUGUCUGUUUUUUAAGAUUUUAAAAAGCAUUGGAUUUCAAUGAAUAGAAUUGCAUUAAGUUGUCUUAAUGGGAGGUUACUUGCUAAACUUUCGAUCCUAUGGGUUAAUCUUAAUCUUCCUGUGAGUUAUUGAAAUGUAAUCAGAUUAACCAAAAUUCUGAUUAAAUUCAGCACUUCAUUAAAAAGAUUCAUAUCAUUUUGUUUUUUUAUUAUUGAAAAUUUUGUUGUUUUUGUUGAUUUUUUAACGAAUUAUUAAUUAUUUUUUGUCUAAGGAGAGUUCUUCGAGCAAUGGUUGCCGGAAACAAGUACCAAAAAUUACAAAAACCGAACCAUACCUACAAAGUUGAAAAAAUCCUUCGGGAAACAUAUAUAAAAAAUAUAAAUUAACUUGCUAGCAAAAAAAUUAUUACAAAUAUAUUUUAUGUACGAAUUGUCUUUGAAAUGGAGACAAUGGAUUUACAAAAAAUAAGUGUCUUGGUAUAGAAUUUUUAGUAUUUUUAUUUUGGAAAACCACGAAUUUAAGGAACAUUUUUUGUACGUAUGCUUCUAAAAUAUUAUAUAGUACGAUUAUUUUGAAACAUGUAUUUAAACAAUUUAAUAAAAAAUAUUUAUUUAUUAA